AUGACUGUGAAGAAUCAUGCAAACAAACAUGGACGCCCAUGGACUGACACAUGAACAUGUGUCAUUGGAUACAGUGUUAAAAGACACCUUAAAUGCCGUUGCAAACAAUUGCGAUUUGCUUGGAAGAGAAACCAGUAAACUGGUUGUACAAAGACGCCAAAAGUCAUUACAGAAUGGAGAUUUCUGCAUCCCGAGAGGUUGUUUUAAGAUGAACGAAGAGGAAUUUGCUCAUCUUAAGGAAAGACUACUAGAAGAAAGCAAACCCUGGACAUGUCCAAUAAAAGAUGUGAGAUCAGAUUCUUAUAACAGCAUGUUGAUCUCUUUAGAUCGCCCCACCACCUACAAAAGUGUCAUAUCAUCGCUGCUCAAAUCAGAAAUUCCAUGUGAUCUAAAUAACCCAAAUGAUAGAAAAAGCAAUAAAUCCAAGGGAGAUAGAUGUGAUAUGAACAAGAGACGGUCCAGUGAUAGAACUAUUUUAGUGAAUGUUCCAGACUGUUGUGAUUGUCGGAGUCUUGAGCAACUCAGGGGACUGGUCCUGACACAGCAUGUACUGCAGCUCUUACAGGCUAAUGGGAUAAGAAGCAAGCUUACAUCACAUCAGGAGACAGGAAAGUUACAUAAGUGGUUGGAACUAUUGAAUUUUGAUAGUGACUUUAUAAGAGGGGGAGGAGAAAACAGUGAUUAUGAACACUUUUUAGAUUUAGCAAAGCAUUCAGAAUAUAAGUUUUCAGAAAGGCAUGAAAACGAUGAUGGAGAAGAAAGUAAAUCAGAGACAGCAAUGCAGCGUGACCUUGAUGACCUUGACAGCCACAAGAAUAAACCAGACUGGCUGGUUUUAGAUUCCGAAAAGUUUUUGGCUUCCAAAUCAGCAGAAUGUGGUGUUUUUGAUAAGAAUCUUGGAAAAAUUCAUCUCAUUGAUGAAAAUGGAAGUACCGAUACAUUGAUUCAAAUUUCCCACCUUCAAAAAUGCUUGGAAGAGAUGGACCAGUGUGAUUGCAUACUACACAUCAUUCCAGACAGAAAAAGUUUUCAGCAACAGAAAAUUGACUUGGGCUUGCAGAUGUUGGUGAAGGAUGCACCAAGGCAGGUUCAUUUGGUGUAUGGAUCGGUUUCUGAAAGAAAAUCUCCAACAGCUCACAAAUCCGAUGCAAAUGAAUUUUACAAUUUGAGGUUUGAUCAGAUGAAGGAGGCCUCCGUAAUGAAGUAUGGGGAAUGUGUAAAAGGUGCUGGAUGGAAGAAGACAAUAGAAAACUUAACAGUGGCCUGUGUGAAGUUUGAACUGCUUCUCAACGUCCCAAGAACUACUGUGAAGCUGGAUUUGUCGGAGGGGACUGACUUUGGGGGAGGAGUGGACAACAGAGCGGGGGCAUUUGUGAUGUAUAACUGUGCUCGGCUGGCCACACUAUUCAAACAUUUCCACAAGGCAGUAGAAGACGGAGUUUAUCCACCCUUACCUACAGUUGAGUCUAUUGACUUUGGACUGCUAAGAGAAGAGGAUGAAUGGUCAUUAUUUUUCAAUUACAUUUUCCCGUAUGCUGAUAUCCUUCAAAAUACAGUCGCUGAGCUGCUUCCUCCUAAUAUUGGAAUUUACACCAAACUUGGCACACACAAAAUAAGCAAUUUCCUGAUUGGUCUGAGUCGUAGUUUAAGCUGCUACUACAGCCGUGUUCAUAUUCUAGUGGAAAAUCGUCCCAAUCUUCUGCCGACGAUGUUUGCCAGACUCUAUCUAAUGAUGUCACUUCACUCUGUGAUGAAGAAUGCUCUCCUCGUGAUGGGAAUCUCACCACCAGCUCAGCUUUAACGUAUCAUAUUCAUGGUUUUUGUGCAUCAAAAGUUUGUAAAGCAGCACUUUGGUGCUAAAAAUGUGUUUUAAGUGUUUCUUAUGAAUUUUUUUUUUUUUUGCAAAUCCGAAAUUAGUUUAGAUCAACAAUGUUUUAUCUGUUUUAUAUCCACUUUUAUUCACAUGUUGAUUUGAUAUACCCCAGUGAACUCAGUAUAAAAGACACCUCUGAGACUUCCAUAUCUCUUCAUAUCUUAUUGAAGAUAGAUGUCUAUGGUAAAAUUACAACUCAAUUUUAUGAUAAACAGGACAUCAGCUUCUCCAUUAUCAACUCCCACCAUUAUCACCUGCAUAUGGUGUUUACAUGUAUGUGUUUCAAUUGAUUUGAUUCACAAGAGCAUGUACUGCAUAUGAUCAGUUGUUAAACUGAGGCAGGCUAUUUAACAAAUAAGUUGUGGUUUAUACAGUCUUAUUUAAAAUCAGCAUUUCACAAAUUCUAUGAUCAUUAUUAUGAUCUAAUUUGCAAUUCUCAAAUGCUGUCUGAUACAGGUAUGUUUCAUACCAAGUAUUAGGCCGUGUUUUUUUUAAAUCAUGGAUUACUCCAUUUACUUGAUCAAAACCUAAUGUUUAGGGUGGGUUUGACUGAUCAACAGGAGAUGCUUUUUCCUUUUAGGCACCUGAUCCCACCUCUAGUAUAUCCAGGGGUCUGUAUUUUUCCUACUUUGAAUUUUGUAUUCUUUAUAGGAUUUAUGAGAUUGAUCACUGGUCGUUGUUUUCACUAUUUCACUUUUAUAUGUACAUCUCUGUAUGUAUUGAGGGAAAAAAGAAUUCAUGUUAUUGUAUCACUUUUUUUAUUUUCUUGAGAAUUGUAUAUUCCAAUUCGUAUACAAAAUUUCAUUAAGAUAUAGAACUUCAAAGAACAUAUACAGCUGUAGUUCCUACAUUGCAAGAUGAAAUAUUUGGAACAGAACUUUAACAUUUAGUCUUCUUGGAUUUUUUCUUGAGUACAGUCGCCUUCUUCUUCAUUGAGUCAUUUUUGUCUUUAUGUUCUCUGGAUAAUUCAAACAUAGAGAAUGUGAAGGUAGAAGUAACACCUGUAUUGUAUAUCCCGGGGGUCAGGGGACCAACAGCUGGUGAAGCCUGGGCUUUGGACUUUGUACUCGAGGCUUGGUAGUUGCUCAUAUCUAUUUAAAUAUAACUUAUAUUACUGUUGAAUUGCAUAUAUAUAAAUGUGUGACAUGCAUUCGGGGCAUCAUUUGAUUUAAAGCAAAAGUUUUCAAAUAAAUGAUAAAGAAUG